AGUUUCCCGGGAGAGACGAAAGCAGGAACGAGAGCGGAGCGGAGCACAGUCCUCCGAGCACCAGCUCCAGCAUCCCGUCAGGGGUUGCAGGUGUGUGGGAGGUAAGCGUGGGUCCUUCUUCGGGGCGUCUGCACUGCCCUGGAGAAAACGUCUUCCAAUAGGAAUUACAUCAAGACACAGCUAAAAGAGUCCGCCUUGGGUUAGGAAACCGGUGCAAAACCUCUCGGGUGAAAGAUUUACAUUUUUGGACUUUAAGGGCAAAAAAGCAAAAGGAAGCUUGACUCUGGGUAUAAAGGGCGUGGUUAGUGUUUUUGGUUUGAGUUGCAGCAGUAAAACUGUUCUGGGAGAUCUGAAGAUUGAGAAAAAUCCUGCUAAUUGAGGACGAGGUGUAUGUUAUCUGGUGGAUGUUAUAGGCUUGAAACUAUUGCAAUAUGGCUUUCCUUGGACUCUUCUCUUUGCUGGUUCUGCAAAGUAUGGCUACAGGGGCCACUUUCCCUGAGGAAGCCAUUGCUGACUUGUCAGUGAAUAUGUAUAAUCGUCUUAGAGCCACUGGUGAAGAUGAAAAUAUUCUCUUCUCUCCAUUGAGUAUUGCUCUUGCAAUGGGAAUGAUGGAACUUGGGGCCCAAGGGUCUACCCAGAAAGAAAUCCGCCACUCAAUGGGAUAUGACAGCCUGAAAAAUGGUGAAGAAUUUUCUUUCUUGAAGGAGUUUUCUAACAUGGUAACUGCUAAAGAGAGCCAGUAUGUGAUGAAAAUUGCCAAUUCCUUGUUUGUGCAAAAUGGAUUUCAUGUCAAUGAGGAAUUUUUACAAAUGAUGAAAAAAUAUUUUAAUGCGGAAGUGAAUCAUGUGGACUUCAGUCAAAAUGUAGCCGUGGCCAACUACAUCAAUAAGUGGGUGGAGAAUAACACAAACAAUCUGGUGAAAGAUUUGGUAUCCCCAAGAGAUUUUGACGCUGCCACUUUUCUGGCCCUCAUCAAUGCUGUCUAUUUCAAGGGGAACUGGAAGUCACAGUUUAGGCCUGAAAAUACUAGAACCUUUUCUUUCACUAAAGAUGAUGAAAGUGAAGUCCAAAUUCCGAUGAUGUAUCAACAAGGAGAAUUUUAUUAUGGGGAAUUUAGUGAUGGCUCCAAUGAAGCUGGUGGUAUCUACCAAGUCCUAGAAAUACCAUACGAAGGAGAUGAAAUAAGCAUGAUGCUGGUGCUGUCCAGACAGGAAGUUCCUCUUGCUACUCUGGAGCCAUUAGUCAAAGCACAGCUGAUUGAAGAAUGGGCAAACUCUGUGAAGAAGCAAAAAGUAGAAGUAUACCUGCCCAGGUUCACAGUGGAACAGGAAAUUGAUUUAAAAGAUGUUUUGAAGGCUCUUGGAAUAACUGAAAUUUUCAUCAAAGAUGCAAAUUUGACAGGCCUCUCUGAUAACAAGGAGAUUUUUCUUUCCAAAGCAAUUCACAAGUCCUUCCUAGAGGUUAAUGAAGAAGGCUCAGAAGCUGCUGCUGUCUCAGGAAUGAUUGCAAUUAGUAGGAUGGCUGUGCUGUAUCCUCAAGUUAUUGUCGACCAUCCAUUUUUCUUUCUUAUCAGAAACAGGAGAACUGGUACAAUUCUAUUCAUGGGACGAGUCAUGCAUCCUGAAACAAUGAACACAAGUGGACAUGACUUUGAAGAACUUUAAGUUACUUUAUUUGAAUAACAAGGAAAACAGUAACUAAGCACAUUGUGUUUGCAACUGGUAUAUAUUUAGGAUUUGUGUUUUACAGUAUAUCUUAAGAUAAUAUUUAAAAUAGCUCCAGAUAAAAACAAUAUAUGUAAAUUAUAAGUAACUUGUCAAGGAAUGUUAUCAGUAUUAAGGUAAUGGUCCUGUUAUGUCAUUGUGUUUGUGUGCUCUUGUUUAAAAUAAAAGUACCUAUUGAACAUGUGA